UUUUGUUGAAAGAUGUUGAGCCUAUCUUGAAGCAAUUAGAAUACAAUCAGUGUGCAAGAUUUUUUAACUCUCAUUUUAAUGAUGAUUCAAGAAGACAAGGUGACAUUAUCGUUUUUUGUAAAGUGACUGCUGAACAUGCAGUCUAG